CGGAAGUCGGAAGUCACACCUCCUGAAACUUUCGUAUGAUCGCGGGUUUGUUUAAUCAUAACAAGGAUGGCGGUUCAGACCGAGAGAGGAAUCCCUCUUAGCGCGCUCAGUCCAAAGUUCCUUCACAGCAACUCUACCAGCCACACCUGGCCCUUCAGUGCCAUUGCUGAGCUGAUAGACAAUGCCUACGAUCCAGAUGUUAGUGCAAGGCAGUUCUGGAUUGAUAAAACACGGAUUCGAGAUCAGGAUUGUCUUACUUUCAUGGAUAAUGGAGCAGGAAUGGAUUAUGACAAAAUGUACAAAAUGCUCAGUUUCGGCUUCAGUGAUAAGGUGACAAAAAAUGGCCAUGUUCCUAUCGGCCUCUAUGGAAAUGGAUUUAAAUCUGGCUCCAUGCGCUUGGGAAAAGACGCCAUUGUGUUUUCAAAGAAUGGAGAGUCUAUGUGUGUGGGCAUGCUGUCCCAGACGUACCUUCAAGAGGUUCUGGCAGAAAACAUCAUUGUACCAAUUGUGACGUUUAAACUCUUUCGAGAGUCAAUCCGCCCUGAGUCACUGCACGCGCCAAGUCUCCAAGAUAUCCUGCGAUACUCUCUGUUCAAGACAGAAGUAGAGCUGCUUGCAGAGCUCGAGGCCAUCAACACACACGGUUCCAAAGGCUCCACAGGAACACGAAUUAUCAUUUGGAACCUCCGCAAAACAUCAACCGAUAAAACAGAGUUUGACUUUGAGACGGACCGUUACAACAUCCAGAUUCCAGCUGAUGUAUAUGAGAGUGAAAAAGAGAAAUACAAGCAAUCCUAUCGCGUAUUUCAGUCAAGCCCAGAAAGUGACUUCUCCUUGCGGGCAUACUGUAGUGUCCUCUACUUGAAGCCCAGAAUGCAGAUUAACAUUCGUGGACAGAAAGUAAAAACUCAGCUGAUUGCAAAAAGCCUGGCACGCGUUGUCAAAAAUAAAUACCAACCCAACUUUCUAAAUAAAAAAAGCAUCCCAAUCAUAUUUGGCUACAACACCAAGAGCAAGGAACAAUAUGGAGUCAUGAUGUACCAUAGAAACAGGCUCAUCAAAGCCUAUGAGCGUGUGGGAUGCCAAAACAGGGCAAAUAGCAAGGGAGUGGGGGUUAUUGCAGUGAUCGAAUGCAACUUUCUCAAGCCAACACAUAACAAGCAAGACUUUGACAACACAGAUGAGUACAGAAGAACAAUACAUGCUUUGGGUGUGAAGCUAGAAGAGUAUUGGAAAGCUAUUCGUCUUGAAAAUGGUCUCAACAGUACAGUACCUGUAGAGGAUAUCCCGAAGCGUCCAGACCAGAACUGGGCUCAAUGUGAUGAAUGUCAGAAGUGGCGAAAACUCCCAGAUGGCAUCGACAUGGAUAGGCUCCCUGACAAAUGGUUCUGUCGAAUGAACCCAGAUACAGAGCGCAGGGGAUGUGAAAAACCAGAGGAACCUGAAGAUUCUGAUGAUGAAACAUCUACCUGCCUGAUCAAAUUAAAGCUGCAUGAGAAAAACGUAAAGAAACAGCAGGAACAGGAAAUGAUGCAGAGGGAAGAAAGCAGGAAGCAGGAACAGCAGAGAAAUGCAGAGCUGAAACAGCAGAAUGAAGAUCUGAAAAGAAGACAGGAGGACCUUUUGCGUAAACUCCACCAAAAAGGUUCUUCCCCAUCUAGGACCCCUACAGCUUCUACUUCUGGCACAGACAGGAGCCCUGUCACUUUCAGCCCUUUCCCACAAUCUGAAAACAUGCCAGUCAUUACAGAGGUCACGUCCCUCUCCCCUUUUGUAAGGAAUAAGAGAGGUCUAGAGAGGCGAACCGAGAGCCAAGCUCUAAAGAAAGCAAGACUACUUAAAGAGUACUGUAACAACACAGCAAACAGUCCAUCAACAUCCAAAGAUCUAUCGGAUGUCCGGACCUCACAGAUGGAGAUUUCUGAUGACAAUGUUGAGACAGACGAUGUGAAGAGCAAUGCUGAUGAUGAUAUUGUUAUUGAUGAAAACAAAAGCACGCCAAGACCCAAUGUGCAGACCUUUGACCUUGCUAAAGUGAAGUUAGAAGGAAGUACAAGUAAUGAUGUGCAGGACAGUGAUCCUGUCUCCAUGGAAACAUCUGCCACUGAGGCAAGUGAAGGCCCGUCCAUUUCAAAUGGUCAAGUCAGCAUGACAACCCAGACAUAUUGUGGUAUGUCUGUAAAGAUGGAAGAGGACCAACAGAGGAAAGAAGAAGUGGAGAUGAAAAGAGAAGAGACAGAGAAUGAUAGGACAGCGAUGGAGCAGAGCAGUACUGAGGUAGAAUGCAGGAAGGAUACAUAUACUGAAAUGAACAGGUCGGUCAAAGACUCUGUGGAGACUGAAAGAUGUAAUAGUGCAGAUAUAUUGAUCAAACCAAGUCUCUCGGAUGGAAGUGAUAGAAGAACAGGUGGCCUGAGUCACACGGCUGAAGAAAGAUUUUCUGUGAACUCACCUCUAAACAUAUACAAUGUCCCAACCCUGGAAGCCCAGGAACAGCAGGACAGUCUUCUGGAACUCCUGGCUGCCGCAGCCCAGGAAAGAGAUGAGUUCAAAUUGAAAGCUCAGUCUCUCGCUUUGGAACUGGAGAAGAAAGAAUUUAAAGUGCUGGAACUCAUGGUUAAGAAAGAUUUCAACCACCAAAACGUCCAGACCGAGCCAGUAGAUGAAAAAGACUAUAAGACGCUGUACUCACAGGCGACUCAGCACAACGAACAACUCACACAAACCAUAAAUGAGCUGAAGAAGAAGCAAGAGGAGAUGUUGCUACUGAUGAAAGCCGAGAAAGAAGCACAAGACAGGAUGAAAGCUCAGGGUGCAGGUCCCUCAACAGUAGCAGAUGUGGAGGAUGAAAUGGCUCUUCAGACGGAGUUUCUUCUGAGUGAGCUUGACCAGCGGAAUACAGAAUGUCAUGAAUUAAAAAGCAAGUUGGAGUGUGUGGAACAGGAGAGAGCUCGUUAUGAACAGAUGGAGAAAGACUUGGACGAAAUUAGAAAAAAUCUGGAAGAUUGCAGGAAUGCAACAGCCAGUUCUGCAACCCUUGUGAAUCAGAUCAAAAAGGAAGAAGAGACCAAUGAAAGUCCAAUAGCGGACGAGAUUACAGUCACCAAAGCAAAGUUAAGGGAGCUGAGGAGAAGUGUUGCUCGUCUAUUGGUCACAUUUGUUCCUGCGUUGGACCCUGACCAAGUCAACUAUGAAUGUGAGGUUAUUGACGAGAUUCUGGACCAGGUUUUACUGGAGAUUCCUCCAUCCUGAACUACUUUCACUUUCAGCAAAGCGUUCAUCCAAAGUUUUUGUUCAGUUAAAAGAAGACAAAAUGUUCGUUUUUUUAUUGUAUUCUACAAAUAUUUCUAUAAUUUUAUAUAAUUAUGACAGCACCUUGAAACAUUUCUACUCAUACCAAUGAAAAUGAUCAGCUUUUUGAUAAUUUGUUUUAUUCAUGUGCAAUGUUUGCAUUCUUGCGUUCUUUUUUGGGGGGGGGGGGGUGGAACUGAGGUGAAUAAUGUCUUUAUAUAAUAAUAACAAUAUAAUGUUAAGGUCAGCUAGACCUAAUAUGCUUACAGAAAUGUCAUGCUAUUAACAGUUUUUUAUGCCCCUAUAAGUAAUUUUAUGCUGCAAAAUUGUUAGGUUGAUAGCAGAGCUGUGUUAUUUUAUUGCUGUCUAUUCUGGGACCCAAAGAAAAUGUUAUGUUAAUAUCAUUGUACAUGUUGUACAUUAUUGAG